GAGUGAGUGAGUGAGUGAGUGAGUGAGUGAAUGAGUGACUAAGUGAGUGAGCGAGUAUCGGCGGCAGGCGGCAUUUACUUGGCACCGCGCCGCACGAUCGCGACAGUCGCGUCUCAGCACCCGACAGCAGCAGCAGCAGCAGGAACAGCCACUCAGCUCCAGUCCGGACUCCAAUAGCUCCUCCGCCUCCGCAACAGCCGCUCAAGUCUCUCUCCCAGCUCCAGCAUGAAUCCAGCUACUCAACUGCUGCGCCUGCGCAGCGCCUCCGCACUGGGUAUGUGUGUGCCCCGCUCCAGCCGCUCCAUUACGACCAACCGGCGGGAACGGACCACCGCCAGUGCCCAGCGUGAGCGGACGCAGGGCGUCAGUGAGACGGACAAGUUCCUACACUUUAGUCCCGAGGAUGGCUACUACAAGACCUCGCCCUUUGACCCCGUCGUUGUGCCCAAUGUGCCGCUGCACGAAUAUGUCUGGCGUGAUUUCAAGAAGUGGGAGAGCCGUACCGCUGCGGUGUGUGUGAUUACCGAUAGGCAGUAUACCUUUGCCCAGAUGCGUGAUGCCAGUGCCGCCUUUGCCGUGCGCCUUCAGACCCAGUUCAAGCUCCGGAAGCCCGAUGUCCUGGCCAUUUGUUUGCCCAAUCUGCCGGAGUAUCCCAUUGCCACGCUGGGGGCCAUCGAGGCGGGACUUACGGUGACCACCGUGAAUCCCAUCUACACGCCGGACGAGAUUGCCCGCCAGCUGACAUUUAGUGGGGCCAAGUUCCUGGUGGGCACCGUUGCCGGCUUCCCGACCCUCAGCCAGGCCUGCAAAUUGGCCGGAAAACAGCUGCCCAUUGUGGUGGUGAGGACCAGCAAGGAGGAUGUCCUGCCGGAGGGCGCCAUCGAUUUCAGUGAACUUAUCAGCACCCAAAAUAUCCGCUACGAUGACCUGCAGGCCCCCAAGGAGGCCACGGCCAACGAUCUGGUCUUUUUGCCCUUCUCCUCGGGCACCACGGGUCUGCCCAAGGGUGUGAUGCUGUCGCACAACAACAUCACCAGCAACUGUGAGCAGGUGCAGGCCUCGCUGCCCCUGGAUCUCACCGGUCCCCAGGAGACCCUGCCCGCCGUUUUGCCCUUCUUCCACAUCUACGGCUUGACCGUGGUGAUGCUCUCCAAGCUGGGCCAGGGCUGUCGGAUGGCCACCAUGCCCUGCUUCAAGCCGGAUGACUUUAUGCGCUCCCUGGACCAGUACAAGGGCAGCAUUCUCAACCUGGUGCCGCCAAUUGCCCUCUUCAUGAUCAAUCAUCCCAAGAUGACGCAGGAGACGGCGGCCUCUCUCAGGGUGGUAAUGAGCGGAGCUGCUCCCAUUGGCCAGCACGAUGUGGAGCGUUUCCUAAAGAAAUUCCCGAAGACGGUCUUCAAGCAGGGCUACGGCAUGACCGAAUCCUCGCCAGUGGCCCUCCUAACGCCCGAUGGCAACACACGCUACGCCUCCACCGGAGUUUUACCCGCCAGCACGGAGGCCAAAAUUGUGCCCCUGGAUGGCAAUGAUACCAAGGGCGUGGGCCCAAAAAUCACCGGAGAGCUGUGCAUCCGCGGGCCCCAGGUUAUGGCCGGUUAUCUGAACAACGAGGAGGCCAAUCAGGUCACCUUCCAUCCCGGCAACUGGCUGCGCAGCGGCGAUGUGGCCUUUUACGACGAGGAUGGCUUCUUCUAUAUCACCGAUCGGAUGAAGGAGCUGAUCAAGGUGAAGGGAUUCCAGGUGCCGCCGGCCGAGCUGGAGGCAGUGCUGCGUGAUCAUCCCAAAAUCCUGGAGGCGGCCGUCUUUGGCAUUCCCCACGAACUGAACGGCGAGGCGCCGCGUGCCAUUGUGGUGCUCCGGCAGGGCCAGGAGGCCACCGCCGAGGAGAUUGCCGCCUAUGUGGCCGAGCGGGUGGCGCACUACAAGCGGCUCGAGGGCGGCGUCAUCUUUGUGGACGAGGUGCCCAAGAAUCCCACCGGCAAGAUCCUGCGUCGCGAGCUCAAGCUGAAGUUCUCCGACUGAGCAUAUCCCUAAGAUAUAUUCCUUGUGAUUUCUGUUCGUUUCUUUUUUUUUACUGAAUGUACGUCUCAAUUAGCGGCAGGGCAGGAAUCUCUGCUCGAGGCCACAGGAACCCAUGUAUGUAUAUGCUAUGACCAUCAAUGUUGGUCCUGGAAGCGGGGCUGGUUCACACAUUGCAUUUAACACUUCGAAAAUACUUAGUUUGUAGGCGUAGAAGAUAGGUCUCGAUUAGUCGCACGAUUGGUCCAUAGUUUGUAAGCUAGCUAAGGCAGUUAGCCAUUAGUCCGAUGUUAACCACACACUAUACUAUACUAUAUCAAUUGUAUACUAUAUAUACCAUAUCCCCCGAUACACGUGUGACCCUCUAUUAAUACUUAAUGACGACCCCACUGGAUAUUUCACAGGUUAACUUGACGAUAUUACCAUAUUCCCUAUUAUAUAUAUAUUAUUUUUUUGCCUAGUACCCUAAGAUAUAUCUGUUUGUUAAUCGUAUUGUAAGCGGCGGCAUGCCAUGUCUGCAUAUAUAUUUACUAUACUAUUUACAUAUGACAUGUACGCCACGAUGUUUGAGAAUAAAGACAAAAUGAACCAUAAAA